AUGUUUGCGGUAAUGCGUAUUGACAACGACGACCGUAGGGCCGACUUCCGUCGCAAGAUGCGACCAAAGUGCGAAUUCGUCUGCAAGUACUGCCAGCGGCGCUUCACCAAACCGUACAACCUGAUGAUCCACGAGCGCACGCACAAAAGCCCGGAGGUGACGUUCUCCUGCGAGGUUUGCGGCAAAUACUUCAAGCGGCAGGAUAACCUACGCUCGCACAGAUGCAGUCAAUGUAUUUGGCGGUAA